GUCAGAACUGACUCAAGGAUCACUUCCUCUUAUCAAUCUAAUCGUUCUCCAGUUCUUACACCGAGCUUCGGAAUGCUUUUAGGUGUGUUCCAUGCGCAGCUUCUCAUCGGUGCUGGAUAAUAGUCAUCAUCGAUCGGAGUGUAGUUGCAUAUCCGACCUCCGAUUUCCGUAUCCACCACCAUCAUGUCUCGAGCCACUGCUACUUCUCAGCAGUUACAGAUCAACCAAGCCUUCAAAGCCGAGGAAGAUGUGCUUGCCGCUACAUCCCAAAGUGAGGCGCUCGAGGCAGCCAUUACUGCUGCCGAACACUAUAUGAAGGCUUUAAGCUUGUCAUCUCUUCCGAAAGACAAGAAGUUUCUAGAUGCUAAGUGCAAGGAUUGGCUUCUGCGUGCCGAAAGAAUCAAAGUAGCCAAAGAUUGGCGAGCGGCAAGACUCGAGCAUGGCAGCAAUGAUCCAGUUACGCGGUAUCCUAGAUCUGCGCGCAAACUCACCACUCGGGAGGAGAUCAUUCUUCUCGAGAGUGCGAAACUGAAUCACUCUAUUUUUCCACCAUGGACAAGUGCUCCGGAACCUGGCGAAUUCGAACGACAAGUUGGGGAGGACCUCUUCACGGACGCACCUGAUCUUCAUCUCUCCAAAGUGCAGCAUGAUGUUUUUUCAGGCUGGAAACGACCGAAGGAGCUCCUUCUACAAGAACCCGCAGUGGACUCGACCGUCUCCCCGGUCCCGGUGAUGUCGGUUACAGGUAAAACCGAUCUUGUCCAGGAUAUGCUCACAGACUGUUCUGUUGUUGCCAGUUUGUGCGCUCUUACAUCGCGAUACGAACGUGGGUUAGACAAGUUUCAUUACCCGGCGGUAUACCCUUCUGAACUCCGCUAUACAGAUCCUAAACUCUCUCCUCUGGGAAAAUAUAUCUUCUGCUUCUACUUCAACGGAUGCUUUCGCAAAGUCGUCAUUGAUGAUCGCCUGCCGUCGUCGAAGUCUUCACGGUCACUACACGUGGUUGACCGAAACAACCCUCUUUAUAUCUGGCCCGCCCUGGUGGAAAAAGCAUACUUGAAGCUUCGUGGGGGAUAUGACUUCCCAGGAAGCAAUUCCGGCACCGAUUUGUGGGUGUUGACAGGAUGGAUUCCUGAGCAAGUUUUCCUUCACCACGAAGACGUCACAGGUGAACAACUCUGGAGGCGACUCUUCAACGCGUUCCGAAUGGGUGAUGUCCUUCUGACCAUAGGCACUGGGAGUCUAACUGAAAGGGAGCAAGAGGAGCUUGGCCUGGUGAGUGAGCAUGACUAUGCUAUCCUGGAUAUGAAGGAAACCAAAAAUCGCCGCCAGAUGUUGGUGAAAAAUCCAUGGGCAGGCGAUUAUAACCAUGACAGCAACUCCGAAAUCAACUCUGGCUACGGAGACACGUUCCACAUUUCACCCGGCACCUUUUGGAUGGACUGCGAAGAUGUUCUCCAGAACUUUGAGAACUUAUAUCUGAAUUGGAAUCCAGCCUUGUUUAGAUAUCGUCAAGAUAUUCACUUUACUUGGGAUCUAUCAAGCGAUAGAGGGGUGGCUGGCUGCUUUGCCAAGAAUCCUCAGUUCUCUGUGUCCAGCGAUGCUGGCGGUCCCGUCUGGUUACUGCUUGGAAAGCAUUUCCGUACGGUAAAGCAUCACGAGCAAUCUGAAUCAAAUACAGACUGCGUUGAGCCUGGCUUCAUCAGCCUCUAUGUGUUUGAUGCAGGGGGCCAACGUGUCUCUCUGAGUGACGGGGCACUCCAUCGCGGUCCCUAUGUCGACUCGCCGAACACCCUGAUGAGACUAGACAUGCCUUCACUCACAACCUAUACAGUGGUAGUCUCUGAGCAGUCAUUGCCGUCAUCCAAGCAAAAUUUCACGCUAUCUGCCAUGAGCUCUGUCCCAGUGGGUAUUGCGCAUGCACAGAAUAAAUACAGUUGCGUGACAAAAGUCAACGGCUUCUGGACAGCUUCGACUGCAGGAGGAAACGCGGAGUCAGCUCGAUAUUCAUUCAAUCCCCAGUUCAGCUUGAAGAUAAAUGGCACAACCGACGUCUCACUCCUCCUUGAGCCAUCCGAGCCCGAAUUAGCGACGCAUGUCAAAUUGUUUUGGUCCAAUGGGCAGCGUAUCACCCGAGUUCGAAGACGCGACAUUGCCAUCGAUAGUGGAGAUUAUCGCCGGGGUGGCUCUCUUGCCGAAAGGAUGGGGCUCAGUGGAGGCGUCUAUACAAUUGUCUGUUCGACUUUCGCGCCUGACCAAUUGGGGCGUUUCAGCCUCUGGGUUUCUUCGUCUGGCCCAUGUGAAGUGAAACCGCUGGCGCCUGAAGCAGCAGGUCGGCGUGUGGUGAUCUCGGAUAUUGGAGUUCUCUCUCCUGGGAGAGACCGGAUGUUGGCACCUUUGGAGACACGACGGCUGACGCGCCUUAAGUUGAUUGCAAGAAGUAGACAGUCCACGAUCGGGAAUCGAUCAGUCGGGCCUUCACCUGUGCUAAUGACGGUGGAACUCGGCCAGGGGCCAUACAAAGAGAUAUUGGCAACCUCCGAAGAUGGGAACCACAGUGAUGCUAUUUCCGGUGUACGCAUUGAGGACUUCAAUCUGCAUCCCAACCUUGAGGACCGCGGUGGAGCCUGGAUCGUCAUCGAGAGAAUUGGUGGGCCGGGAGGACAAGUUGAAGACCACUUCGAAGUAGAAGUCCUGGGUGAAGAGAAGGUAGAUAUUGGGGAAUGGAUAGUCGAGGAUGCAUGAUCGGCUCAAGCCAGAUCAACGGACGGCUGGAUCGUACUGGCGUUGGAGAAUAGCGCAAGCCACAGCUUCUCAAGAACUUCUUAUGUAGUACUGAGCUGUAUUAGACACUACUUACGAAGCGAAUGAUCAGAGAG